GCUCGCACAAACGUCGGACGCUAGUCGAUUUAAUUCAUAAAACAUGGCGUCAAAGAAAGCUAGCAAGCAAAGUGUGUUCUCAAAGUGGGCAGUUGGAGACGAGAAACCAGUGAAGAUAGACAAAUGGGAUGGAAGUGCUGUAAAAAAUUCACUGGAUGACGCUGUUAGGAAGGUUCUUACAAAACAAUUGAAGUUUGAAGAAAAUUUUCAAAUUAUUGAUACGAGACUUGCAAUUUGUACAGUGGCUUGUCUUUUUGCUCUUACUGCCUUAGUCUAUGACUACUUGAAUCCAUUUCCCAAGUCACGUCCCACAUUGAUCAUAUGUGUCCUUUCAUACUUUUUCUUGAUGUGCGUUCUUACACUGUUCACAACAUUUAAGGAAAAAAAUUAUGUUGUGUUUGCAAAAGAAAAGGAUAAAGCUGGCAUGGGACCAGAUCACUCAUGGAGUGCAAAGUCAACAUUAAAAAAAUAUGAUGACAUGUAUGAACUUGUACUUAGUUAUAAAGAUGGUGAAACAAAGAUGGAAUGUGAAAAAACAAUGAAAAAGAGUGUUUCUUCGUGGUUUGAUGAAAAAGGAGUGCUGCUUUUUGACAUUUUUUUGCAUGAUGUUCAAGAAAUGUAUAAAAACAUUAAAAAAGAGAAAGUACAAUAAAAUUUUUCAUCGAAUUUCCGAGAGUAUCUUCUUUUUGCUGCUUGAACGUUUUUGAAUGAAAAUGCAGCAAGAGUAUGAAUUAUGUAUGAAGGUUCAAUUGACGAUUGGCGAAGAACAGAAAAACUCACGAUCCUCACGAGCGGAAUGCUGAAAAUUGGUGCAAACAAACGGGAAAAUAUUUUGUCAUUUACACAAGUGAUAAAAUUGCAGUAAAUUGUCAUUUAUUCAAAAUUCAAUACAAACUUAGAAAACUGAACAUUCUUGAUCAAUUCGCCAUUUUUCUUUGUAAUGUUAUGGUAACGAUACAAGAUGUGAAAUCUACAGGUUAAAUCCAACAAUGUUUUUCCUCAAUAGUUUUGCUGUGACUUGCAUCUUUAUAAGCAACGCUAAAAAGUUGAUUAUUUUUAUACGUUUGAAAAAAUUCCCCACUUUAACUAGAAUACAUUGUCUAAGACAAAAAUGUUGAAAUGCAGAAAUAUUAUUGCUCUUUAACACUUUAAUUAUGCCAUGUAAAUCGAGUUUAUUUUGUGAUUACAAGGUUACAAAUAAACUAUUUCAAGAUAAACGAAUAACAGGUUAAUAUUCAAACGCAAGUCAAGCCCAUGUUUAAAGGGGCCAUAUUGCCAAGGAUUUAUGAUAGUUAACCUAAUCAAAAUAAAUUUAACAACACAUACAUAAUAUGUCUUGACUGGAUGAAAAUGCUUAUAGUAAUGUCAAUAUUGAAUGUUGUGCUUGAGAAAAACCACAUUCAAGCAAAGAAAUAUUGAAAAUAAAAUCCCAAUAGAUUA